AAAUGUUUUAACUGUCCACCGCCGAUCUGAGUUUCCGCCGCCCCUGUUCCAUCAGCUGUUGACCAAUUUGAAGAAGCACUCGCAAGUUUGUUUCAAAAUAAAAAGAAAACGCGCUCUCAUAUGCAUGUAUGGACCAGAAAGAAUCAGUUAGGGACAUAACUCCUUGGGAUGGGACUCUUUCUUCAAGUGACUUUUUUAGUGCUGCUUGUGCCUUUUCUGAGAAGUGGAAAAGGUUCAAUGCUUUUGUUCCUCCAUGGCUGUGGGUACCAUCUCGAAAGCAUCAUUUAUUAUCUUCUCAUAAGGAGGAAGGAUACUUAUCACUAGAGGGCAUGUGCCUUAUCAAAUCAAGUGAGGAGCAAGAGAGUUGUAGAAGUCAAACAUGGAAAGAAGAGAGCAGCAUCUCUCAAGAAGAAGAAGCUGUAGACAAUGCCACUUUAGUCCAGAGCAGUUGUGAUGAAGUAAACCACUAUGAUUUUCACAUUGUUUACAGCCCUUCAUAUAGAGUUCCAGUGUUGUAUUUUCGUUCUUACCAUAGUGAUGGGCAACCUUUGCCGUUUGGUGAAAUUGAAAAGGACCUUCCUGAUCACUCUGCAAAGAUACGUUCAGAAUCUAAAUGGACUUUUAUAACUCAGGAGGAACACCCAUAUUUGAACAGACCUUGGUACAAGUUACAUCCAUGUGGGACAAGUGAGUGGAUGAAGCUGCUAUUCCAUGGCGAUACAGCUUUGAAUAAAAAUGGUUUUGUUAUUGAACACUAUCUGGUUUCAUGGUUCUCUGUCAUUGGACAAGUGGUUGGUCUUAAAAUCCCUUUGGGAAUGUUGGAGACUCUGAGUUGCUAAGUAAGGUGGUCACUGAUGCUUAAAAUGUAAUUGAUGAAAUGAGGGUAAAGAAUAAAAAGUCUCUGCACAGCACAUCAAAUUUACUUUUAGAAGUUACCAAGUGAAUGUGGCAUGAGAUAUGUAAGGGUGUUCACGGUUUAGUUUUGAUUGGUUUUGAAUGAAAAAUCAAUUUUAUCAAGUUGUUCCAAAUAGUAUAAUUUAUUGAUUAUUGCAUUGGAUCUAUUUCAUUUAAAA